UAAUUCUGCAGCUCAACAUGAACGCCAACCUCAGGGAUGGAAAGUGUUAUCACACUCAGUCUGUGGGAAGUGUUCCAGCUGUGAAGUCUAUGUAAAUGUAACUCCUCCUGCUGAUGUUGAAGUGGUUCAGACAGAGAUUACAGCGUUGCUCAGUUUGCCCUUCUCUUCCCACUUCCUCAAUCUGUCAGUUCAGGCUAAGGACGUCAUUGUACUUCCUGUGGAAUGGUUCCCUGAGGCGACAAAACCUCCACCAACUGUCAGCUUUAGUAUCACUACGCCAAAAGCAGCUCUGACUCCCAGUCCAUCAAUUCAACCAGCGAAUACAUCAACCACCAGAGAGCCUGUGGACCUCAAUGACACUGCUGUUGGACCAGAUACAUUCUUUAGAGCUGAGUUGGCCUUAAACAUGACUGGCAGCCCUAUGAAUCCAAAGGACAUUAUUGAGAAAUGGGUGAAAGAGCAUUUAGAGGUGAAUAAGACAAUGACGGUAUUGAAUCUUGUUGUAAAAGACACUGCUGCCAGGAACAUGGAGCAUUAUUCUGAUUUAAUGGCUUCCCAUGACCAGCAAAAACAAUAUUACUGUACCUUCCAUGUUCAGAAAUACAACAAAAACAACGUGUCAGAAAUUGAAAUUUUAAUUCAUGCUGCCUUGGCACCAAAGUAUAAAAAUGGCUCUACUGUUAUACAAACUGCGGAAUUGACACUCAAACACAUAGUGCCAGGAAACUGUUUAGAAGAUACUACUUUCACAAUCCAUGGAAAAUACACAUGGCCUGAAGAAUUUCCACAAAAAAUCCAAGAAAUAGGAUGCAUUGACCCAACAUCUGAGAGAGCCUUCAGACUCUGUACGUUAGACAUUGAAACUGACAUGACCAGCUGGGCUGACCCUUACAUGAAGAACUGCAAUCAACAUCUAACAAUAUCAGACCUUAACAAUAUCACUGUCACUCCUGAUAAUGCUGCUAAGGUCGUGGACAUGAUCCAGGACCUCGUGGAUAUUCAGUUAAGUAAUAGCUCAGAGCUCUCGCCCUCCCACCUGGAAUCUGUAGUGGAAAAGCUCAGCGAAGUCGUUGACGAAAGCGUCGUUAACUCUGCUGUUGGAGCCGACAUUGUCAGCAUUGUUUCUGAGAUUCUGCUUUCCGAAACUGAUGUUACUCCAGUUUCAAACAAUUUCCUCAAUCUAACAGAUAGGAUGGGGGACAACAUGGAAUUUCAAGGUGAAUCUGCAAAUUUAACAGCUCCCUCACUGGGCUUUUCCAUGAUCAAUGUGGAUCCAGAUGAUUUCAGUGGUCUCACCUUUGGUGCGUCCAUUGUUUUACCAACUAUGAGCCCAGAGAUGUUUGUGGACCAGGGCUUUGUGAAUAAACCACAUCCCACUGCAAAUGCAACCAUCUCUUUGCCUUCUGCACUCAACAGCUUUUUCCCUACUGGAGGGAGAAAUACAACUCGUGUUCAGUUUCAGUUUUAUGGAACACAUGAGCUUUUCCAGGAUGUGGACAUAAACAAUGCAUCACAGAGCAACUGGACUUUAAACUCAUAUAUCGUAUCUGCCAGCAUCAAUGACAGCCAUGUCAUCAACCUGAAAGAUCGAGUGGUGGUGACCUUCAGUCAUCAUAAUCCCAAAAAGCCACGGGACAAGGUGCAAUGUAUGUUUUGGGAUUUUCAGAAGAAUGGUGGGCGGGGUGGUUGGAACAGCAGCGGCUGUGAAACUGAGAGCAUUUCUUCUCAUCAGACCAGCUGUCUCUGUGAUCACCUCACACAUUUUGCUGUGCUGAUGAACGUAGACAGAACCCCUCUCAGUAAGACUGAUGAAAAGAUUUUGACAGUGAUAUCAUUUCUUGGAUGUGGUAUAUCCUCCAUCUUUCUGGGCCUCACCCUCCUCACCUACCUUAUUUUUGAGAAGCUACGAAAAGAUUACCCAUCUAAGAUACUCAUCAACCUGUCAGCUGCACUGCAGGGGCUGACCAUGCUCUUCCUUCUUAACACUUGGCUGUCAUCCUUCUCCAACUACGGUCUGUGUAUUGCCACUGCUGCAGUGCUCCACUAUUUCUUGUUGGCUUCCUUCAUGUGGAUGGGCCUGGAAGCUGUGCACAUGUAUCUUGCAUUUGUCAAAGUCUUCAACACUUAUAUUCCAUCUUACAUCCUCAAGUUCUGUGUUAUAGGAUGGGGUAUUCCUUUAGUAAUAGUGUGCCUGGUGCUGGCCAUAGAUAAAGAUGCCUAUGGCAAUCUUGCACAUGGAGAAAAUGAAAUGGUUCUUCAUUCCAUUGAUGCUUUCUGCUGGCUGCAGAAAGAUGUUGUCUUCUACGUGACAGUGGUGGCAUUUCUUGGACUGAUCCUGCUGUGCAACAUAUCUGUCUUCAUCGUGGUUCUGAUCCAAAUUAAACGGAUGGGGUCCAAUAAACUGUCGGCAAAAAGCCAUAGCUCUGUGCUCGACGUGAAGUCAGUUGCCAGUCUCACUGUCUUGUUAGGCCUGACGUGGUUGUUUGGCUUUUUUUCAUUUGGACCCGCCAGAGCAGUUCUGGCAUACCCGUUCACUGUCCUCAACAGUUUGCAGGGUUUCUUUGUGUUUUUGUUCCAUUGCUUGAUAAAGGAAAAGGUGAGGAAACAGUGGAGAAUCCACCUGUGCUGUGGACGUUUGAGACUCAGUGAAUACUCAGACUGGAGCCGCUCUGUGACUAUGGGGGACCGCUGCAAAAAGAAGAAUCUCGUUAACUCGGAUUCACUUGCUUCUGGCAGCUCUCAAUAGGUCUCCGACUCCUCAUCAACAGCAGCAUUAAACCACCACCAUCACCACCAGGGGGCAUGAGAAGGCAGUUGGAUGAUUUCUUCAACGUUCUUCUAAUUCUGUUGUUGAAUUACAAACACAAACCGAAAGGUUAAGAGAUAAACACCAUGUGUUAUGUGUAGGGAAAGCUAAAAUACAUCUCUAGUUCAGGGAGAAAAUGGAUCCAGAGGCAAUCUUGAAUUUUGACUUAAACUCAGUCAUGAAAAUUGUGUGAGAGUAAAAAUUGUGUUCUGAAAAGUGUGUAUUCAUUGUGAGAACAGUAAACGUCUUAAAAGCCUUACAGUUUAAUUUAUUCCUUUUUUUUAAU